UAACGAGAGGCGACUCCAACUACGACCCGAGUGAGGGCGUCCUGUUUCCGCGCCUCAUACACACAUUAGGGGGUUUACACCGCUGCGGAAAAACUUGCAUAUAUUUUAUUUUCUCCUUUAAUUGAAGACAUAAGUGAUACUCGGUAUGUUGAUCGUCUCUGAGGCUGCGUGAACGGCGGGUUUCUCAUCUGAGAGCAGUUUAAUGUGCUCUUUAUUUCAGAGGAUUACUCCUUUCCCCACUAACGAUGGGUUCUGUGAUGUUGGACUGGAGGUUAUCGUGGCUUCUUCUGCAGGCAGCUGUUUUGCUGCUGCUCAGCAAGGGGGAGAGGAUGUGCCCUGCGAGUUGUCGCUGCGAAGGGAAGAUUGUUUAUUGCGAGUCUGGCAUCUUUCAAGGCAUCCCAGAAAACAUCACCACGGGAUGCCAGGGUCUGUCUCUGCGCUAUAACAGCCUGUUGGUUCUGUUGCCGUACCAGUUUGCUCACCUCAAUCAGCUUAUCUGGCUUUAUUUGGACCACAACUCCAUCAAAGAUAUAGAUGCUUUAGCAUUUCAUGGUGUGCGCAGGCUCAAAGAACUCAUUCUCAGCUCCAACCAGAUAAGUCAUCUGCACAAUAACACAUUCAGCGCCAUACCAAACCUUCGAAACCUGGACCUAUCUUACAAUCAGCUGCAGUUUCUGCAGUCAGGACAUUUUAAUGGUCUGCGCAAGCUACAAAAUCUCCACCUUCGAUCUAAUGGCCUGAAACAGAUCAUCACUCGUACCUUUCUGGAGUGCCGCAGCCUGGAGUUUUUGGACUUGGGUUACAAUCGUUUGCGGAGCCUCAUCCGCACAACCUUUUUAGGGCUGUUUAAGUUGAAGGAACUUCAUUUAGAGCACAAUCAAUUUUCCAGGAUUAAUUUCUUCAUUUUCCCACGCCUCACUAACCUCCAGGCCCUUUAUUUGCAAUGGAACCGCAUACGAUCCAUCAAUCAAGGUGUGCCUUGGACCUGGCACAAACUACAGAAAUUGGACCUGUCGGGGAAUGAAAUCCAAAUGUUGGAUCCGGCGGUUUUCCAGUGUAUGCCGAACUUACAAAUACUCAACCUUGAAUCAAACAAGCUCAGCAGUGUGCCUGUGAAAGCCGUGGCAGCGUGGACCUCACUAACAACCGUCAGCCUGGCAGGUAACGCCUGGGACUGCAGUCCGAGCAUCUGCCCUCUCAUGGGAUGGCUCAUGAACAUCAGAGAUGCCAAGGACAUCAGUAUGAUAUGCAGCAGUCCCAAAUCUGUGCAGGGCGAGAGAGUGGUGGAUGUAGUGAAGAAUCACUCAACCUGUGCGGACAUUUCACAUGUUUUCUCAACCACCGCUCUAAUCCUUCUGACCUCCACCCAAGUUGUGAACAUCACAACUCCUCUGUCUCCCUCUGGUGUUACCGAUUUUAGUACGGAGUCACCUGUACAGACGUUAUCCACUUCAUCUGUUCUACAUAGUGAGACUGACAGAAAGACAGCAGAGUCCACAAACAUGAGCUCCACAUCACCUUUCUCCCCUGAAAUCCCUACAUCGUCUAUCCCAGAGCUACACUUUGAACAUAUGGCUUUCCAUAAAAUCAUUGCAGGCAGCGUAGCCCUGUUCUUGUCAGUGGCAUUGAUCCUUCUGGUUAUAUAUGUCUCGUGGAGGCGCUACCCCAACACCAUGAGGCAGCUGCAGCAGCACUCAGUCAACCAUAAGCGCAGAAAAAAGGCCAAUAAGCAGGAACAGGACCUUAACUCUCAAUUGCAAGAGUACUAUCUGAGCUACCAUUCAAACUCAGAGACAAUGGACUCUCUGGUGAAUGAGUCAAGGCCAUGCACGUGCACCAUAUCAGGAUCCAUCGAAUGUGAGGUCUGAGCUGCCAAGUCCACCUUACGAGACUAAAAGUGCAAUUGCUGUGCAGAGGGGAAAAUGCUUUUUCCACUAGAUUAAGUGCAUUUAUCUCUAAUUUGAGAUGAUAGAUUCUGCAGCUAUGAAGGAAGUACUUGGGGGCGUAGUACAAUAUCAUUAUGUGCACAUAAAAGGAAGACUUACAGAGGGAUAUAUUUGGAGCUAAUUAUCACUCUGACUGACACGAGAACAGUGGUGGGGUCAGACAGGUUAGCUGCCUACGAUCCAACUCAACGCCUGGAGCUGUGCCACAGUAGAAAGCAGACCUGUAGAAAGACUGACCUUAUUCCAUGUCAAACUUUAUCACAAUUGGAAGAUACCAACCAACAAAGCCACUUUUUACUUGCUAGUUUAUUUUUAUUUUUAUGUAGCUUGUAAAGCAUUUAGGAUGUGUCCCUUUGAGUCAAAGUGUGAGUAUGUUAUUGGGAUGAUAGUCUUCUGGUUUAUUAAUUUGGUUGGUACAGUGUUGCACCUUAUUCUCACACAAUGCUAUUCUCCAGCUAAACUACUGUACAUUUGGCAUACCAGUGCAGCAACUAAAAGCAGCAAUACCCGAAGAAGUGGAGGAACAAUCAUGGAGACAUCCCGUCCUGAGAUCUUUUGCAUGAAUUAAUUCUCCUCACCUGAGAUCCUCCAUUCUCUUAUUUAAUGAUAAUUUGUAUUCGAGGACAAAGUUGCAUUUUGGUCAUUGUGGUGAAUAAACACCAAACAAACUUACUAUAUUCAAGUCUAAUCUCAGGACCUAUGUUUUCGAAACUGUAAAAAUGUGUCAAGUCCAAUGAAGGCCCUGGUUUGUCAAAGAUAACUGUUUUGAUUUUCAUAAAGAUUUUGUGUUGAUUAUUCCUUUCAUUAUGAUUAUGCAUUGUUUGUGUAAAACAUAACGU